AACACUUGGAGUGGAAGCCAGGUUCUGCAUUCAGUAAAUCGCAAAGCCCUGAUGAGCUGGGCCAUGAACACUUCCAGCAUUUCUAAAGAGUUCAUAAACGAAGCACACAUUUGGGCAGAUUUGAUGCUCGAGCUCGGCUAUUUGCCCGUAGAAAAAGGCAAACUGCCGUACUACGGCCCUGCCGAAUGA